AUGGUCAGAGACUGCAGACAUGGUAGAGGAGAAUGUGAGAGACUGCAGACAUGGUGCAGGAGAUGGUCAGAGACUGCAGACAUGGUACAAGAGAUGAUGAGAGACUGCAGACGUGGUAUAGGAGAUGGUCAGACACUGCAGACAUGGUACAGGAGAUGGUCAAAGACUGCAGAUAUGAUACAGGAGAUGGUCAGAGACUGCAGACAUGAUACACAAGAUAGUCAGAGACUGCAGACAUAGUACAGUAGAUGGUUAGAGACUGCAGACAUGAUACAAGAGGUGGUCAGAGACUACAGCCAUGCUACAAGAGAUGGUCAGAGACUACAGAU